UAUAUUUCUAGUAAUGAAUUCUUAUUGGUAGAUGUUGAGAGAUUUUAAUGUUAUGUUAUAUAUUGUUGUGUAUAGGCGAUGUUUGAGCGCAUGAAAGCAGAAAAGGAAGAAGGAAGAGGAGGUGGAGAGAGGACGAGUGAGCAAGAUCUGAGGAAGAAACUGGAAAAGCUUAGCAAGCUCAACACAUACUCAUCUUGGUUAAAUAUACUGACGCUCAUGUCUCUAACCUGGCACUUUGUUUAUCUAGCGACAUCAUCACGUUUGAGACUUGAUGACAAUAUAUCAUCUUUAAAGGUCGUUGAAGCCUUAUAAAAUUUCCAUUCACACACACACGUGUCUAUUUGCCUUAUAAAAUUUCCAUUCACACAUACACGUGUCUAUUACAUAAAAGAUAAACUCGGAAUAUGCUGUAACACGGUAUUGAAAGGAAUUACGUGCUCAAUGAUUGAUUAUUCUUAUACAUGUAGUUUAGGGUCUUUUAUGUUCCACACCAAAUAUUAAACCUCUGAAGCAUGAAAUAUUUUUUUCUGAGCCAGCAGAAUUCAUCAUGCUGAGAGAUUCGAUGAUGAGACUACAAAGGUGAUGAGGGUCUGGAAUCACGUCUAGAUCAACUGCAACGUUGAUUAUAAGUUUGUACACAUAGCUUUGUAUACCGUUAAUGAGUGCCUUGUCAAAAAAAAUAAAAAGGGAAUUAGUUAAAGAUUCCACAUAAAUAACUAAGUAGUUUUUAUUUAGAGAGGAAAUAUACUUUCUAAAAUUUUGAUCAAACUUUUUAAUAAAAAACCAAGAGAAUGCACAUGAACAUAUACAAAUGAAAUCGAAUAACAUUGAUACUCCAACAACUGUCUACUAUUUUAUCAGUAAAAACUAAUAUUUAAAAUCAAUAAAACAAAGGACAUCUGCAAUAAUACAAUUAAAUAGUAGAAAGUUGCAGGCGUAUCAAAGUUAUUCGAUUUCAUUUGUAUGUUAAUGUGCAUUCUCAUAAGGCUUUAAUUUGGCACCUAGCUUGACGUAUACAAAAAAAACAAUAGCACAAGAACCAGUAAAGUAAAAGCCAAUGGCGUUAGCCGGAGAUGAGCUCGGAAAUACUCUUCUUCCGGGAAAGCCAGCCGUGAGAUGCUCCCCUGGAGGAUGGAAGUCGGCGAGGCUCAUCAUCUUUGUAGAAAUGGCGGAGCAGUUCGCCUUUUACGGGAUAUCUUCGAACCUCAUAACGUACCUGACAGGACCAUUGGGAGAGUCAACGGCUGCAGCUGCGGUAAAUAUCAACGCCUGGAGUGGAACGGUGUCGUUUCUGCCACUUCUCUGGGGCUUCGUGGCUGACUCGUUUCUCGGACGUUUCCGUACCAUCAUCAUUGCAUCUUUACUAUAUAUCUUGGGACUUGGGUUGCUGUCUUUUUCAGCCAUGGUUCCUUCUCCGUCACAAGAUUCGAAUCAACUCCAAGUGACUCUCUUCUUCGUCUCUCUGUAUCUAAUAGCCUUAGGUGAAGGAGGUUACACCCCUUGUCUUAAGGUAUUUGGAGCUGAUCAGUUCGUUGGAAAUGACCUAGAAAAGUCGAAAGCCAAGAGUUCUUUCUUUAACUGGUUGAUGUUUGGAAGUUGUGUUAGCAUAUUGUUGACUCGUUUGGUCUCUAACUACAUCCAAGAGAAUUUAAGUUGGUCCUUAGGGUUUGGUAUUCCAGGUGCUUCCAUGCUACUUGCUCUGGUUCUUUUCCUCCUUGGGACAAAGACUUACCGCUUUACUACUGAAAGAGGAGGAAAUAAAAACCCUUUUGCUAGAAUCAUUCACGUUUACAUGGAAGCCAUAAAGAACAGAAGACAACCAGAUUUAGAUUUUGCUAACCCGAACGAAACCCUUCUUCUCCUAGCUCACCAAGGUUCCAAGCAAUUCAGAUUCCUUGACAGAGCAGCGAUUUCAUGUGAUUUGGCAGAAAUUGAGAAAGCAAAAGCAGUGCUUAAGCUUGUUCCCAUAUGGAUGAGUUGCUUGGUUUAUGCCGUUGUAUGUUCACAACCCUAUACUUUCUUCACAAAGCAGGGAUCCAUAAUGAACAGGUCAGUCUCACCAGGACUCUUAGUGCCUGCUGCUACGCUCCAAUGCGUCACAAGCAUAAUAAUGGUAGCUUUCAUCCCAAUCUACGACCGUCUACUCGUCCCAAUCGCAAGAUCUCUUACUCAAAACCAUUUAGGAAUCACAAUGCUUCAGAGGAUUGGCACAGGCAUCUUUCUCUCCAUUCUUGCUAUGGUGGUUGCCGCUUUGGUCGAGACCAAAAGGCUCCAAACCGCUCAAGAUGAUGUCAAGAUGAGUGUGUGGUGGUUGGCUCCACAGUAUGCUAUAUACGGUAUCUCGUACGUGUUCACAUUGAUUGGUUUGCAUGAGUUCUUCUACGACCAAGUCCCUAGUGAGCUUAGGAGCAUUGGUAUGGCUCUGAAUGCAAGCAUAUACGGGGUCGGCCAUUUCCUAAGCAGCUUCAUGAUAUCAGUCAUCGACAAAGUUACAAGGCAAUCUUGUCAAACGAGCUGGUUCGACAACGACCUGAACAAGGCUCAUUUAGAUUACUUCUACUGGCUACUCGCUUUUGUCAGCUCCAUUUGUUUUGCCUCAUACUUGUGGUUCGCCAAGUCGUAUGUCUACAAUAGGUCAACCACAUUCUAAAAAACAUUGUGUGUUGGCGUUGGGCGUUUUUGCAUUUCUGAUAUGCGCUUCAUAUCAAACAACUUGGCAUCGGCAUACUAACUACAGUAGAAAUUCUAUAAAUACAGUACAAUACUAAAUAAAAAAAAAUUAGGAUUUUCUGGAUCACGGAAUCAUGAUUUUUCAUAUUUUCUUAUAGGGCAAAAGAAUUGAUAAUAACAUUUAAAAUUAUGAUAAUAAUAACAUCAAAUAGCAUUAAGUUGAUAAGUGUUACAAAAAAAAAGUAUUAAGUUGAUAAGUAGCCAAAACAAUGAAGUCAUAUAAUAAAAGUGAUGUACCUAGCAAAAGAGUUUUCUACCCACUCUUUUAUAGGGCGAGGCGACACGAUUGGAAGAUUUUCUCCCUUACUUUUGUUCUUGGCAGUCCUAAAACUUACUGCAUAAAUACUUAAUCAGUUAGUGAAAUUUUAGUUGUAGUUUUAACUUCUAACAAUGGUUCCGGAUAUCGUAACGACAUGUUCAUACAUACAGAUUGAAAUGUUUGGAUGAACACGUCAUGUAUUAGUCUCCUAAUGGUCAUAAAUUGGAACCAAACACACUUUGAAUUUGUUAUCAUUAUAAUAUUGUCAAUCGUUUGAUUCUGAAAAAAAUGCCAUGCAUACUACUACCCACCAUGUGUUAAUGAUGAACCCCUAUUCAAAUUAUCAAAAAAAAAUUCUUACUGUGAAACACUAAAACUUAUAGUUGUAUUGUCUAAGCGCUGAACUGACUGAACAUGGCCUGUUCUAAUACAAAUAUAAAUUUCAUAACAUAGAUCGAUAUAUUUGGGAAAGAACUUUAGAAAUGUAAUAGUUUUUUAGUUUUAUGAUUCUCUUAAAAUUAUUUAAAUAAAAAUUUAUAAUUUCUGUCUAACAAAAAUUAAUUUUAUACAUAUUCGAAGUGAUCUUGUAAUUCCAAGAUUUCGUAAUAUUAGCAUAUAAAACAUAUUUAUGUAUUACCAAAACCUAUGAUAAAACUUAAAUUUGUAUAAAUACAUUUGAGUUUUUCAGUUUGUUCUUAACUGUACUCAAACAAGCGGCAAAUGAUGCAGAUGCACCGUCAUGGAAGUACAAUGGAUAAUGUCAAUGGUGUCUUCACAAACAAGUUACUCAAGAACAAGAAGCGUUCUUCCUCUCCGAAUUUUUUUUUUUCAUUCUCCAAAUUACAGUUAACGUAUAAUUGUCGGAUACCAUUUUUCCCAAUAGGCUAUUUGCCCCUAGUUUUAGCUUCUCCAUGAUUGCGUAAACAAAAACAUACUGCUUCAUAUAUAAAAUGGAAACUAAAGAAGAAUAUAAGCAAUGCGCCACUGAAAUAAGAAAAGUCAGAUACGAUGAUCUUAGCAUCUAAGAAUCAAAAUAAUUUAACUAUCUGCCCCAUCAAACUAGUAUAUAUAUAAUAGCUUCUUAAGAUAUGUUUAAUGCAUACUGCGAUCAAUCAUUUGUUACAAUUAUAUAUAUAAAACAAGUUAAGUGGGUUAUUUAUUAAAAAUAAAGAAAAGAGAGAAAACAGCUAAAUACAAUGCAAAAUGGUAUAAUGAUAAGAUGUCACCAGCGAUGAACAAAACCAACCAAACUUCUUUCUUCUUUUUCUUUUGACAAAAGCAACCAAUGAGGGAGUCUUUAAAGGAUCACUCCGGGGUCUACCAACUUUACUUUUUCAAAUAAUUUCUGAAGUUAAAUACGAUUAUAGUUAGUUUUUCCUCUAUAUUUUAUCAAUAAUUCUAGUAAUUUGUGGAGAUCUUUUUGGUAUAUGCACUACCAUAUAGUUGAUUUCUUAUUUGGCAAAUGAAAAAGUUGAUUUUCGGGAUAUACACGCCAACCUAGGGUUGACAGCUCUAAUACCUAUUGGAAUUGCCCCUUAUGAUCUGAUUUUCGCAAUCAGUUUAGAAUCAAUAAUCCAUAAGUUGUAGGUUGCAACAACGCAUCAACAAUGGUUCCGACAUAUAUUGUAGAUUUAAUUGUACAGAUACAAUCAUUUGAGGAUUUCUUUACGUGCUAGGUCGUCUCUAUUGUUUUAGCUAUUUAUGUGGGUGCUAGACAACCGAGUUGAACUGUGUCUUUUGAAAAUUAAAAAAAGUUGGAUCAUUAUAUUAUCUUUCUUCCCCUAAAACCAAUAAUUUCUUGACAAAAUAAAUAAAACGAUUUUUUUUUAAUAUACAUUCAGGCAGUGUUUUAAAAUAACAUAUAGUCGGGGUAUUGACUACCAUAAGGUAUAUAUGUAUAUUUGGAAUAAAUACAAUAUAUAUAAAUAUAAUAAUGUAUCAUACAUAACUUAUUAAAUAAAAUUUUCAUUUAUACUAUAGUAAACAUAAAGUAUAUUAUACAUUUUUAUUGUUCAAAAUAUUAUAACAAAAAAUAUUAUUAUAAUAAGAUUUUGUUAAAAAUGAAACAAGUAAAAAUAAAAAUAAAAUUGGUAAAUAAAGACUAUAUAAUCACCGUAAAUAUACUGUAUUUUUAGCGUACAUAUAUCACAUAGUUGACUGUAUAAUUUAAAAAGUAUUUUUACCGUAUAUCAUAAGAAAAUAGUACAGUUCUUCACCGUAGAUCAUAUAUAUAGUAUAUACAACCGUAUAGACCGUAUUUUAGAAUAUGAUCUGAGGACUUCAUUUGCAAAGGAAAGUUAGCUAUAUUAAAGUAUAGCUAAACGGUUUCAUACGUCAACAACAUGAAAAAGGGAUUAAAAUGUCUUAUUUGGAUUGACAUUAUCCUUUGGACAUAUAACAUGCAUGUUAUUAAGGCCGCUAGCCGCUAAUCUGCCCAAAAAAAAAACAAAGAACGCCGCUAAUCUAUCAUGUUAAUUAUUAUUUUUGGUAAAAUCUGUAAUAUUAAUUAUGUUGAUAUUCUGACAGAUUACUUAUUUUAUUGUACAUCUUUUGCGGAUUACCGCUCCUUACUAUGCAAUUGCAGUUGAAUAUUUGGAAUUCAUCAUCUAAAUUUUCUAAUGUUUAGAAAAAAAAAAAAUACUAA